AUGGGCUCCUCUUCAAACUACAUAUUCACCCUUCAGCCCACCUUCACGCAGGGCCUCGUCAUCGGCCAAGUUUCUAUCCUUCUAUUGAUUUAUUUUAUUUUGAAGUACCUUUUCUUCGACGCGACCGCGAGCCAUGAGCACUCUUUCCAGCCUGCUCCGCGGAAGGUGGUACAGGUGGCAGAGGACGGUGAACCAACCAGCGGGGGCGAGGCCAAGGGCAAGGGCGGUGAUGGGGAGGAGUCGGCGGAGUGGUUCAAUAUGCUCCUCAGCCAGGUGAUCCAGACCUAUCGUUCCAAGCUGCGAGACGACCUCUCUGGUCCCGAAGGCGACGAAGUCGCACGCAGACGUAUAGAAGAAUUCGCCAAUAAAGUACGACCUACAGGCUUCCUAGACGCAAUAAAGAUACACUCUGUAAACCUCGGCUCAUCCGCCCCGAAACUCACCUCCGCUCGCCUUCACCACCCACCACCCACCGCAGCCACAAGCAAAUCUCCACUUCCUCAACCCGCCACCGCUCACUUCAAUAUGACCUACACGGACAGCAUCUCCGUCGCCCUCUCCACCGCCUGCCUCUUCAACUACCCGUUCGACGGCUUCGCUCGCCUGCCCGUAUCCCUCGUCAUCGAGCUUGUGAUAUUCGAGUCUCCCAUCACCCUCACCGCCCCCAUCCCCAGCCAUCCCUCUCCCACACUGACCAUCUCCCUUCCUCCGUACCCUGCUCCUUCGCAAGGGUUCACCAUCAAGCUGAAAACGAGCUCCCUGUUGGGCAGCCGUGCUAAAUUGGUCGACGUCCCCAAGGUAGGGGAGCUGAUUGAGAUGCAGGUCCGGAGGCUCCUUGCCGAAAGGGGGACGUUCAAGGUCGUCCUGCCGGGCCUGGGGACCGUGCAAGAAGCAAAAGAAGAACUUAAGAAAGAGAAGGAAAUGCAGGGGUACGCUUAG